UUGACCCUCCUCACUCUUCACUGCCAUUACACAAUCUUCUCCAACACAUUCUUCCAAGAAAACACAAAAAAAUGGCAUCAUCAGAUGCUCCACCGUUCUUCAUCCUUGGCCCCCUCAUCUUCUUCCUCCUCCUCCAGUUUUCCUCCAUCGCUCUCUCCGCCUCCCUCCACCCUCCCGCCACCAUCUCGCCCACUAAAGCUCCUACUGCACCCAGCCCUUCCACUUCCCUCCACCCUCCCACCACCAUCUCUCCAACUAAAGCUCCCACUGCACCCCGCCCUUCCACCUCCCCAACCCCAGCAUCCUCCCCAACCCCAGCAAAACCCACACCUUCCACUCCAACUCCCACCUCCGCCUCUUUACUGGACCCAAAACAAGUAAGAGCCCUCCAAUCCCUCAACAUCCCAACUGGCAAAAACCCCUGUUCUCCCCUCCACAACUCCACCAUGAUUUGCGAUUCCUCCAAGCCCUUUAGGCACCUCGUUUCUCUCACCUUAGCCAAUUGCUCAGAUGAUGUUGCUCUGUCUCUUACAGCUCUGAAAACCCUCUCAACUUUAACUUCUUUUAAGUUUAUUGACUGCCCCAUUUCUCCCAUUCGCUUCCCCUCUGAGCUCACCUCAAAUCUUCACUCUUUCACAUGCAUCAAUAGCCUCAAGAAACUCACUGGAGUUUGGCUAAGUAGGUUACUAAAUGUAACUGAUUUAACUGUUUCCCAUGUGACUGUUAUUGCUAGUGGCCCUGCUAUAAUCCUUGGCAGCAUGAAAAACUUGCGUUCUGUUACAAUUUCACGCACAAAUCUCACUGGAUUUCUCCCAAAACAUUGGCAUCCGAAUCUCACGCAUUUAGAUUUGUCUGGCAAUCAGCUAAACGGGAAAAUACCCUCUUCCUUAAAUGUUAUGGAGAAUCUUUUGGUCCUGAAUUUGUCAUCCAAUUCGCUUGAUGGAGAAAUCCCUCCUGGUAUUGGGGACUUGACUUCGCUGCAGAAUCUGUCGUUGGCCUCAAAUUCACUAUCAGGGUCGAUCCCGGAUUCGAUAGCAGCAAUGCCGGACUUGGUCCAUCUUGAUCUGGGGUCUAACCAGCUAAAUGGAACAGUUCCCAAGUUCGUUUCCGACCUGAAGAAGUUGAAGUACUUGAAUCUUGAAAAUAACAGUUUUCAUGGGGUUUUGCCUUUUAAUGCUUCUUUCCUGAAGAAAUUGGAGGUUUUCAAGAUUGGUAGCAAUGAUAAUUUAUGUUAUAAUCAUUCAAGUUUUGCUGUGAAAGUGAAGAUGGGGAUUGCUCCUUGUGAUAAACAUGGAUUGCCUAUGUCCCCUCCUCCAGCUAAGGAUUCAUCUCUAGAAAGUUCAAGUGAUAGCUCUGAUGAUAAUGACAAUAGUGGUGAUAAUGCCAGCCCCAACCGGGACCAUCAUGGUGGCACUAGUAAGGUUGUUCUUGGUGUUGCAAUUGGGCUAUCUUCAAUUGUAUUCUUGAUUAUCUUCUUGGUUUUAUUGUCAAAAUGUUGUAAAUGAGAGUAAGCAGUUUAAAUGGUUCAUUUUAGAUUAGGGAAAAGUUUGCUAAUUAUUGGAGGUGGGAUUUGUUUAAUUUACCAUAUAGUUACAUUCACAAAGAGAGAAAGAUCUAAUUUUGUGUAUGGCGAUUCCCUUUACAACUUUUAUCGCAGCAGAAAGCUCUAGUUUUGUGCUUUCUAUUGAGCCAUGGUUGAUUUUGGGGUGUGAGAUAAUGAUCAAAAGACAAAAGUGCACGAUUCUUUAUUUCUUAA